CCCAUCAACACAUACACCAAACGCCAUUUUUCUUUCUUUAUUUCUCUCUCCUCCUUUUCUCUUAAAUUUUCUUCCCCCAAACCCUCUUCUUCCUCAGGAAUAAAGAAAACACAAUACCUGUCUUCCUCGUGAACAAAUUGAUAGUUUUAAGAUUCAAAUUUCACUUAAAACACCGCCAGAUCAAACUGAAAGUGGCAACACACAGAGAGAGAAGAGAUUACAUAUUAUGGUAAUUCAUUCGUGAAGAGAGUUGAAAAUAGGUCUAAAUAAUACCGUUUUCUCAUGGAUUCUGCUUCUGGAGGGGGUGCACCUGAGUCAAAUACCGGUGAAGCUUCAUCAUCGGGUCCUCCUGCUGGUUCUAGUUCAGGUGGAGCUUCAGUUCCAUCACAACAACCACCGGAAUCGUCUUCUCCAGCUCCACCAAGUCGGUAUGAAUCUCAAAAGAGGAGAGACUGGAACACGUUCUUGCAGUAUCUUAAAAACCACAAGCCACCAUUAACACUUGCUCGCUGCAGCGGCGCACACGUUAUAGAGUUUUUGAAAUACCUUGACCAAUUUGGGAAAACGAAGGUUCAUGUUUCGGGGUGUCCUUAUUUCGGGCACCCAAAUCCUCCGGCUCCAUGUGCUUGCCCGUCAAAGCAGGCGUGGGGGAGUCUUGAUGCGUUGAUCGGACGGCUGAGAGCAGCUUAUGAAGAGAACGAUGGACGGCCGGAGUCAAACCCCUUUGGAGCCAGGGCUGUGAGGAUUUACUUGAGGGAGGUUAAGGAAGGACAGGGAAAAGCUAGAGGAAUACCUUAUGAGAAGAAGAAGCGAAAGAGGCCAGCUGUUGCAGUUACUGCCGCUGCUGUCUCUUUAACAGGGAGUACUGGUGCUAAUGAUGGUGGUGGUGGUGGUGGUGGUGAUGGAGGUGGAGGUAAGGUUGCUCGGAAUGCUGCUGCUUCGACUACAACAGUAUAAUUUCACCCUUUUUUAUUUUAUUUUAUUUAUUUUUAUUUUUGUUAUGAUUAUCUGUUGCUAUUGAGACGAUCAAUAUGAGCAAUAUAUUUCUGGCAAUCGAUUCUCUUAUAAUUGGAUCGAGAACCCAAAAUAGAUAGAAUUACAGAGAGAAAAUCUCUCUUUCUCACA